GGAUGCUGACCUUGGAGGACUUCAGCCGUGUUUAUGUUAUGUCCCAGCGCCCAGGACAACAGCAAAGCAGAAAGCUCCAUAGUCACUUCAGACAGAGAAGCAAACAUACGUGGCUUUACCAAGGUCCGGGAUCCCACCGUGUGCUGCACACACUCAGGAACAGAGUAACCAGUCUGACACGUCUGCCCUCUGCAUUGGUUGAGCUGAGUGAGCCGCUGCAGGUGAUUCGCUAUGAGCAUGGAGACUUCAGUAAUGCCCACCACGACAGCAGCCCUCCUCAUUCAGAGACUACCUGCGCACACACACGGCUGGCAGGAAACACAUCUGCUCUUGCAGAGGUCUCUUGCAGGUACCUUACCAUGUUAUUCUACCUCAGCUCUGUAGAGGAAGGUGGUGAGACCACCUUUCCUGUGGCAGACAACCGUACCUAUGAAGAGCAGGCACUGAUCCAGGACGGAGUUGAUUUGACAGACACCCAGGAGACAUGCAGCAGAGGGAACCUGAAAAUGAAACCUGCUGCUGGGACAGCUCUGCUCUGGUACAACCAUCUUUCUGAUGGUAGAGGUUGGAUGGGUGAGCUAGAUGAGUAUUCCCUACACGGCGACUGUCCAGUCAGGCGUGGGGUGAAAUGGGUGGCCAACAGCUGGGUAAAUGUGGACCCAGAUCACCAGCAGCAGGCCCGCUACCAGAGACUAGUUGCACAGAGGCAUCAAGCUAAGUCGGGCACGGAGGAGCAUUACCAAGCUCUCUCACACAGCGACCUCCAUCAGGACCUAUAGCCGGGCCUUUUUAAUGACAAAGUGACCAUAAUUUCAAAACUGGGUCGGUCUUGCACCUAUAAUACCAGUAAGGCUUGAUACACUUUUCCACAAUGUCAGACGCUGUAGUUGAAAUUAAAAUUGCACAAAAACUGCCCCAGAUAUCUUCUUCUCCUUUCAGUAAAUCUGUGACGCAUUAUAUUAUGUCUCUCAAGCCACUUGCUUGGAUAUCCAUAUUUUUCUUUCUCAAUUUUGUUUGAAAGGUUUGGUGAAUUUUAAUAUAGAAUUGUGGUGGGCAGAUGCAUUGGUUUCCUCUCAAUUAAUUUAUAAUACAUAAUAACAAAUUUGAUAUGAAUUAAACAGAAUGAAUGCCAUUCUCUUUAUAUAAAAUAUCACUUAUUCAGAAUAAAUAUAUGGAUACUAUGAUGCGAGUUGGAAAAGAUCAUGUCCAAGAGAUGAGCCUGCUUACCUGCCUUCCAUUUAGGUUUACUAGGCAUUUACUCCUGUUGCAGGUCUGUUAAUUAUUGUAAUAGAAUUUAAGCCUUUUGCUACGAGCCAUAUCACCAUAUUCAUCUGUGAAUGUGUUCCUGAGGGAAGUCUUUUUUGUUUGUUUCCUCAGUUUUGUUUUUCCAGAGUUUAUCAUGAAAUGUUAUUUAAUAAGGAGUUUGCCACACGUACUUGCAAAUGCAGGACUCUUUUUGACUGGACAAAAGGAUUGCUUUUCACACUGGCUGUGGGAGGCCGGUCCUUCAGGUGUAAUUUAAACGUAGGUCUUUAAUAUUACAACUUUUCUCUUUCUUAUCCUCACAUCUCAAAAAUAUUUAAUUGUCUGAGAGUAUUUAUUUGAGUGUUAUUUAUUACCAGUAUGAUUUAAGUUAAAAUGAAUGCAUAUUUAUUACAGCUUGAUGUUGCACUGAAUUUGUCGAUGUAUUUAUUGUAUUUGUUCUAUGU